AUGGAGGGAAUGAUGCCACCAUUUCAUUUUCUGUUCUUCUCUAAACCUUCUGUCUACAUUGAUCAAAAUUCUAGUGUGAAGACAUUUUUCUCCCGUAAUGGCAUACUCAUCCUUGGGUUCAUCUUUAUCCUGUCUCUGAUAGCUUUGAUUGCUGUGGGAUUGGCCCAGAAUAAAAAACUGCCAGACAAUUUUAAGUAUGGAAUUGUGUUUGAUGCGGGCUCUUCUCACACAUCCAUGUACAUCUAUAAAUGGUCAGCAGAAAAAAUGAAUGACACAGGGUUGGUGUAUGAAACGGCAUCCUGCGAAGUCAAAGGUCCUGGAAUCUCGUCAUAUGCUUCAAACUUACAAGAUAUACCCGUUUACCUGUCUAAAUGCAUGGGAAAAGCCAAGGAUCUGAUUCCAAAGUACAAGCACCAAGAUACACCUCUUUACCUGGGAGCCACAGCAGGCAUGCGGUUGCUUAGGAUGGAAAAUGAAGAGUUGGCGAAGAUGAUCCUGUCUGCUGUGACAAGUCUCUUCAACUCCUACCCCUUUAACUUCCAGGGUGCCAGGAUCAUCAGUGGCUUUGAGGAAGGUGCUUAUGGUUGGAUUACCAUAAACUAUCUGCUGGGCAAAUUAGAGAAACAUAAUUGGAAAAACCAGUUUUUGAGAGAAAAUGAGACUCAGGACACCUAUGGAGCCUUGGACCUUGGGGGAGCCUCCACCCAGAUCACUUUUGUGACUAGUACACAAAUUAGCAAGCAAUUUAAAAAAACGACGCAAUUUCGCCUCUAUGGCAAGAACUACACUGUGUAUACCUACAGCUACUUAUGCCAUGGGGUGGAUCAAGCGCUCUUGCGAAAACUGGCUCUGAAUGCUAAGGAUGCAAGUCCAGGAGCCCUCAUGGAACCAUGCUUUCACCCUGGGUAUGAGAGGACAGUGCUCACAAGUAGCCUUUUCAGCAGCGUCUGCACCAAGAUAUACAAAAACUGGAUUUCAUCCCGUAACCUUACGAUACAAGGCACUGGAAACUUUCAAAAGUGCAAGGAAAGCAUCACUGAGCUCUUCCAGAACAAUUAUUGCAAUGCCUCAUAUUGUACCUUUGAUAUGAUUUACAGGCCACCAACUGAAGGACAUUUUGGAGCAUUUUCAGCUUAUUACUAUGCGAUGGAUUUUCUAAACUUGACAUCAGAUAAAGUAUCCAGUCUUGAUAUGGUGACUCACAAAAUGGAAGAGUUCUGCUCUACGCCUUGGUCUGUGGUGAACACAGCUUUCCCUCAAGUGAAGGAGAAGUACCUGAGUGAAUACUGCUUUUCUGGAACCUAUGUUUUAACCCUCCUGCAGAAAUAUAAUCUCACAGAAUACUGGACUCAAGUUGAAUUCAUGGAUAAGAUUAACAACAAAACAGAAGCCGGGUGGACUUUGGGCUACAUGCUAAACCUGACCAACAUGAUCCCAGCUGAACUGCCACAGUCUAAACCUUUCUCCCAUCCCACCUACAUCUCCCUCAUGGUCAUCUUCUCCCUGUUGCUGGCCAUAGUGUUCAUCCUAGGCUCAGUUAUGUUUCAAAAGUCUUCCUAUUUCUGGAAAUAA